GCCAAUAAGUAGGGUCAGUGUCAGUAACACUGUGCCAACGUCUACUGUGUUCUCAAUCUCAGAAGAAAGGAGGGCGAAUAUUCUGAACAAUCUGUGCACAUUAUUUAUUAACGACUUCUACUGGUGUGUUAUAAAUAACGAAAGUCUUCUUACAAGAAGCGUGUUUGUUUGAUACAGUUCAAAUUCUGCACUGACAAGGAUUAGUGGAGCAUGUAGGGAAUUCUGAAGGAUCUACAACUUGUCGGGGUUUUUAUUUGUCUCAUGACCAAGUGCAGGCAGUGUUAACGUAAAGCCUUUCAUUGGAGGAGUAACCUGAAGGUGGAUAAUAAUGGCAUACGCCAUGACAACAUUCUCAAAUGGGGCAAGGAAGAAACGAUGACGGACGCUCCGUUUGGUCGAUCGGAGUCGGACGACGACAUAGUGGAGGAUUACGACGACUCUGUCUCCUUCAAGACGCCCUGUUUGCGGAGUCGGACAGGCUUGGAGAAGCUGCUUCUGCUUUUGCUUUUCGUCUUCCUCAUCAUCAUCAUUGGAUUAGCUGUUGGUCUCACCAGGCCCAAGAUUAUACCUGUGACCAAGUACUGCAAGUCCCCGGCGUGUGUCCAAGCCUCUGGCUCUGUCCUCUCGGGGGUGGACUGGUCAGUGGACCCAUGCUCCAACUUCUACAAGUUUGCCUGUGGUCAGUGGCUGCGGACACACCCCAUUCCCCGUGGCUACCAUCACUGGGACCGCUUCCAGGAACUGAGUGGGAAUAAUCUCUAUGUGCUCAGUAACCUCAUAGAUCGAUAUUGGAGAUACAGCGCUUCAGUCUGACUUGCUUCCAUUUAUAAACAGCAGCCAAAACAGCACUAACAACAACAGCACCGGGUCCUUCGCCAUAAAGGAUGCUGCACAGUUGACAAAGUUACUCAUGGAUGAGACAAAGCAUCUCUUCACAUCAUUUGGCGCUACUGACUCAGAGGCCACCGCAUAUGCUGAAGCUGUGCUGACUCUUGAAAAAACUCUGACUUAUGCAACCCAAGGGUACCACCACAUACAUGACAGAUUCAGCCUCUACAAUGUCAUGCCCUUAAAAGAAGUUGAAGCCAAUUACACAGUGGUUAAUUGGGUACAGUACUUGCUUGCUAUGGGUUUCCAAGUUGAUGGGGACACGGACGUGGUUGUACUCCAUCCUGACUACAUGAAAAAGAUUACCGAUAUAUUUCAUGACUAUUACCAUGGCUCAGUGGAGAAAAAGAGAGCUUUAAGAGAUUACUUGGCCAUCAGUUUGAUCCGCUCGUUCAAGCCAUAUUUUCCAAAGUCCUUGUUUGAGAUUAAAGAAACAGAGGAAGAUGAAAUGGAAGAGAAAUGGAAAAGGUGUACAUUUUACACAAACAAAGCACUGGGAUUCUCCACUGGUGCUAUGUAUGUCAAAGGCACAAACUCAGAGGGCAGUGUCGAAAAAAUGGAAAAGCUGAUAACAUAUGUCAAAAAUGCGUUUAAGGACUACUUGCUCAGCAAAUACUGGAUGGACAAGCGAACCCGUAAACGGGCUGAACAAAAGGUGGAUGCUAUCAUUGAUAAAAUCAGUUACCCAUCUUACAUUUUGAACGAUACGUUCCUUGAUGGGUACUAUGAAAAUUUCUCAGUUGUUACUGGGGACUGGUUUUCCAAUUUGUUGUCCUGGCGAAGAUUUCUUCUGGGGAACAUGAAUACAGACUUACCCAAGGUGCCUAACAGAAAGACAAGUUGGCUUCGUCCACCAGUGACUGUGAAUGCCCUCUACUCUCCCAUUAGAAAUGAUGUCAUGUUCCCAAUUGCAAUGUUCCAUUUACCUUUUUACAUUCCUGAUGGCCCGAGUGCUGUCAACUUCGGUGCCAUGGGCUCAAUCAUUGGUCAUGAAAUCACUCAUGCCUUUGAUUUUCAAGGUCGUCAGUACGAUGGUUUGGGCAAAUUGUCCAACUGGUGGGAUGAGCAGACUGCUCAGAAUUUUUUUACUACAACAACGUGCAUGAAAGAUCAGUACAGCCUCAUCAAAGUGAGAGGGGUGAAGAUUGAUGGUGACUUCACUUUAGAUGAAAAUAUUGCUGAUAACGGUGGCAUGCGAGCAGCUAUGUUUGCAUACCAAAUGUGGAUUGACCAGUUCGGAGAGGAGCUGGACCUCCCAGGUCUGAAUAUGACCAUGUACCAGAUCUUUUACACCAGUUAUGCGCAGAUGUACUGUAGCAAGUGGACAGAUGCUGGGCUGUUCCUUCAUCUCCUCACAGACCCUCACAGCCCGGGCUCAGCACGGGUAAAUGGAGUCUUAUCCAACAGCCAGACGUUCAGCUGGGCAUUUAAAUGCCCACUAGACAGCCCUAUGAACCCAAGAGUGAAAUGUGAAGUGUGGUAAAACAGUCCCCUGGAUCCGGAAUCAGUGCGAGAAAUCUAUGGUGUUUCAAAGGGAUCCAUUUAUUUUUUAACAAUUUCAAAACUGUGCAGCUACAGAAUUAUGGCACGUUUAUGGAAAUAAAGUCAGCUUUUUGUCCUGUUCGUUUAUUUGAGCUUUGAGCUGAGCUUUAUAGAUUACAUGAAUCAGCAAAGGUGUAAAAAAUGCAGAAUGAUAUAUCAGUCUUUAUGAGUAGUUUGACAAAAUUAUUGUUGCUACUUGUGACUGAUACUGACAGAUAAAUCUUGAAAUAAUAUUUAAUGAAACUGAUGACAUCCAUGAUAUUUUGGCAGCAUCAUAUUGUUGUCAACAUGAUAUUAGAUUUGUCUUAUAUUUUGAACAAUGAUGGAAAUUUUAAACAAUGAUAGCUCUCAUGUUUUAGAACUGAAUAAGGACUGAAAGUCUAAUAUUACUUUGAUGUGAGAUAUUAAAGUUUUGAGGCUUUUCAUAUGCUGACAUUAGAAACUAUCCCCUCUGUUUUGGCACAUUCCAAGUAAGUGGGCUGGAUUUUUUUUCAUUUUGUGUAUAGUAUGCUUUGUUUUGUCUUGAUGAUUAUGGUGUCCGUACAUUGUUUGUUGACUAGGUGAAAUGGGUCCUGUAACAAACAACUGCAUGUAUCUCUAUGGCAUGGCCUUUGAUUUGCAGGCCCGUUUGGUCGAUAAGACCCUAAUCUAGGACUGCUUCACCAUGAAGUGGCAAUAUUUGCCAUCUUGCUGUUCUUGUACUAGCAUGUCACCUGUCAUGAUGUUAAUUUAGAGUAUGCCAAGCCAAUUUUGUCUUGUCACGACUGAAUAGAAAGAUAGAUAAUGACUCGGGCAAGUGGAAAAAGUACAUAGAGCACAGACCUUGAGUCACUCUAGAAAUGAGGGCAUCAGUGACCAAUUGUGCAGUGAAAGAUACAUAAACUUUCUCAGUUUGAAGGUGAAUUAUGAAAAGAGAUGAUUUAGAGGCUGAAGAGUGUGUACUACAUUUUGCGAUUUGUCUGAGAGAGCCGCUUAAAGUGAUUGUCUGCAUACUGAGGAAAAAUAUUUCUGAUUUCUGCAAUUAUGACACUUCUGCUGUCAAGCAGGACGAGGGGGAGGGGGGGGGGGUUCCUGGGAAGCAUGCAUGACCAAAGUGACCACAGGUGAUGGACCUUGCUGUGUUCGUUUUCUUGUGUUGCAACAGCAGCGUACCUUGUGUUGGCAUUUAUGUAUUGAGCUAGUUGAUGUGGUGAACAGCACAGUAUCCACCCACGCAACACACUGGAGAGCUGUUUCAUCUUCUGGCAUAAUGUGGAGAACUUUAUACAGGUUCAGUACCUGUGGUGCCAGCAAUUUCCUCUGAAUGUCUUUGCUGUGACGCCCACAGAGUAGGCCUUGGUGAGGUUAUGAUGCUCUCAACCUGCCAAGUCUCAGUCAGCCCUCAGAGAAAUGAUCGGAGUGAUAAAUUCCUGUUUCAAACCCUGACAAUGCUGCUCUAGAUUGUAGUUGGUAUGGAGAGAGUCAACAAGCCUUUUGAAACAUAUCCCUGGCUUCAGAACAGAAAUCUUCAAGGUCAGCUGUGGCUAUACUGUCUAAUAUGGGAUGGGGAUUAAAAAUUCAAAUUCUUUCAAGAACCAAACGAGCGAAAACAAAUCUGCUUUGUUGAACCGACCUUCUUGCUUAAUCCUCGCCUUUCAAGGUGCAAGGUGUCUCAUGUGAAGGUGUAACUCUAUAAUUCUUUUAUCUAAAGUUUAAAGAGAGAGUUGGCUCUGCUGCAUGAGGAAGAAUUUCCUAUAGAAACAGAAUUUGUCUUUCUGUCAUGGUUCUGCACACACUGAACAAAGUAAUUUUUUUCAAAAGUUUACUUAUCAGGACUUUUGAGAUUUAUUUAAAUACUUGAAAGACAUGAAUCCCGCCCUUUUCACCAAUUUUGUAGUGUCCUUUUGUGGGUUCAUUUUGUGAAACAUUUAAAUACUGUGUUCCUGAAAAUAUAGUUCAUAUUCUUUGAUUUGAUACAUUGACGCACACAAAACUUGUAUGCAUCCUUUCAUUCUUGGUCUCUACACUAUGCCUCGUGAAAACAAACUGAAAGUGCUACCGAACAACAAAUCACCUGUAAGGCCAUUGUGGUGCCACUUUCAGGACUGGUGUGUCAUGUUUUCAUGAGAACAAAACCAAAUUUGAAUGUAGACACUGACAAUAAUAGUGUCAAUAGAGCACCAACACGGCAACCAUAGUGUCUGAGAUCAGAAAUUACCCCUUUUUUGUGUAGAAGUUAGAAAAAUGUUAAAAUGUUCAUGUCCAAUUUUUUAAAACCAUCUGUAUUGAGAUUUUUCUUUCCUGGAGAAAACACACACUGCUAUUACUCUCGCUGUGCUAGCAAGCUGUAAUAACUACAAGAAACCCUGUAUGGGACUGGAUCAUGUAUUUCAAAUUUUUUUGUAUUGCAAUUUCAAAAUAUUGGAGUGCUCUUAUGAUUAUGUAAAAAAAAAAAAAAUCAAUAGUAAAUAUGUAAGCUAUGUGGAAAAAAUAAUUACAUGCAUGCCCUUUUCAUUUCUCAGAAUGAAGGGAAAGUUGUCUGUUGCCUUUUUCUCAGACAGCCUUCGGCACAGCCUUUACAACCAUUCUUUCCCUUUGAACCUCAAAGUCUCAUUGAAUGUGGACCCAUCUUUGUCACUGUUCAAAGAGUGGGGCUUUAUGCAUUUAAUGUGAUUUUGAAAACCAAAGGAUGGAAGGCUUAAAUGUAAAUGUUUGUGUGUGAUCUGAUAAGAUAAGAAGCCAUUUAAAGACUUUUGUUGUACGAAAAAAUAGUCUCUUAUAAAUCUGAAGCGAAAAAUAAUUGCCCAAAACUUUGUCACUAAAAUUCAACUUUUAAUGAGUAGUCAAGAUUGAUCUUCUAAGAAGUGGCAAUGUCAAGGUACCACUGUAUACUUCAGUUAUGUGUCCUGUAGGUUGUUUAUUAUGAGACACGUAAUAAGCCUAUAUUAUGGAGCUCGAUGCAUGACUACUGAGAAGGAGCUUUGCGUAACAUUGUGUCGUAUAUUUUAAUCUGGACUCCAAUGGAAUUUACUUUUUAAAUGGCUUUUUAUAAAAAUCUGCAAAAGUGCCUAUUAUGUACUUUCAUGUCAUGAUCUUCAUCAUCCACUUAAUGUGGAUUUUUCUCUUCUUAAGAUGUUAUUAUGUAAUACUGUUGUUCUCAUUGUUAUGUUUGCUUUAGGGAGUUCACUUUUUUACACAGAUCUGGAAUUACAAUCACUUCUUUUUUUUAAACUAAGAAAUAAGCGUAGCAGCAGUAAUCCUUUCGCCUUCUCAGAAAAGCAGACGAGUCAGCUACACUUACUGAAGCAGGCGACAGCAGAAUGAUUCACUCUCAGUCUGAGUAUGCCAAGAAUUUCACUAAUGUGGCUUCAACUGAAAGUCUGCAGCUUUGGAUUUUUCCUUACUGUCGGUAUGAUAGUGUCAGUCAAGGAACAGCUUCAGCAGCUCUCAUGCAUUCAACUGUUGUGGUUUUCUUUGUGUUUUGAGUUGACAUUUUACUAAGCACAAAAAGGCAAUGUCAAAACUGUGCCUGUAGUUGUUGGGGUUUUUUUUGUUAGAAUGAGAGCAAAGAAUGAAAGGAAACAAGAACGAGGUCAUAUACUUAGAAAAAAAAGUCACAUGAGCUCAUUUGAACAUACAUUUUAAUGCAUGUUAUACUACCUUUGAAAGGAUCAGCUGUUGACUAUCUAGUCGGCUAAAUCACUGGUAGUUUACAGACUCAAGAUAUUGGGGGGCAAUUUAGACUUUUCCAUCUGAACUUUUUCACCUUUUUCUAGAUGCGUGAAUCUGAGCUUAAGAUCGAUUUGAGUAGAUGUACUUACUAUUUCUGAAACAAGUGGGUUUUGGGGUUUUUUUACCAAAAACUUUCAUUAUACAACACUGCACAUCUUUGCUCUCCUCUCAUACCAAGAUUUGUUAAUAUCUUUGUGUACAUGUAUAAAAUACAUGUGUUUCAAUGAAGAGGGCAUGUUUUUGAUAAUUAACUAUAUGAAAACAACGGUUAUAGUUAUUCACGGCAAAAUAACAUGAUUGCGAUGCCAAUGAAAUUACAACACAAAUGACAUGCUGAAGGAAUGCUCUGAAACUUGGAGACUUUUAAGGUGUCUCAUCCUUGUGCAUUUUUGAUUUCGAGUGAUAAUGGAGCUUGCACAAUUUCAGCCUGGCAAGCUGAUGCUAUAUUUUAUCAGUGUUGCAAAACAUCAAUAUAACCAUCUGAAAGCAAAUUGGAUGGGAGAUUAAAAAAUUAGAGUUGCUCAUUUUAAAAGGCAACUGUUCUACUUGCAGCCGAAGAAAAAUGGUACAAAUUUCUGGCUAAAUGCUUUUCGGGCAAAAUGCUUAUUCUUUGAAGCUGCUUGCUAUCUGUAUAAAAGUUAAAUCAAUCAUUCACUUUUCAUUUGCCAAAACUUUUACAUCUUUUAUUGUUCAUGAGAAUCUGAUUUUUAGAAUGAGUUAGAAAAGGUCCAUUGCCACAUUUAAAGAUAUAUGCUAAUUGCAUACCUCAUCAAAGUUUGCAAAGUUUCUUUCCCAUGUUGGGUCAUAUUAGAGUGCUGUUAAGUGCUUUCUAUAGAUUUUAACACAAGAAAGUUGGCUAUUCUGGUAGGGAUGUCUUUUUCUCACCUUAUCAUACGUAGAAGCUGGGCUGGGCUUUUUAGGGCCUGUGUUCCAUCACCCGCCUCUGUAAUGAUUUUGUUAUGGCUUGUAGCAUUCAUAAAUCAAAGUGCAAUUAUGAAUAUUAGCCAUUACAAUUUGCAUUAAGAAUUUGAUCUAAAUUUAUAAAUGGGAAAAUCUGGAAGUUUUCCUGGAGGAAUUGUCUGAGGCUGACAUAUUUAGGGAAGUUUAUGAAAAGGUAAAAAAGAGUUAGCCUAAGGCUUUGAGCACAAACUAAGAGCUUAUGUUGUGAGCAGGAGCUCAAUUCUUUUUGGGAAGAGUUAAUUCAUUCAGAGCUGUUAAUGAACAUGCUCAUGCUGAUAUUCUUUUAGCUUUUAUGCUAGAGAAAGCCAUUUAGAAAUAAUUAGCAUGCAUAUAUGAGCUUAGUAGCAAGUAAAAUUAGCAAGUAGUCAUAAUUGAUAAAUGUCAUUAUGUUUGCAUUAAUAAUUAUAUAAAUAAUUUAUGUGUUCAGCUUAAUCUGCUAUGACUGUAAAAAUGCCUCUGGUCAAAGACAUAUCUGUGAUUUUGUGUGAUAACGUUCAGUAUGGUUUCAUUAUAUCUUGCUGCUUGCCUAUUUGAUUUUGUGCUGCUGCAAAAAUUAAGUUGCAGUCUAUCUGUGUGGAUUGUGGGUACAAAAAAAUACAAAAGUGUUCAAUGGAAAAAGGAGAUUCAAUAGAUCAACAGCCACAAAUGAGGAGGAAAGAAAUGGGUAGAAAAGAAACUGAAAAAAAGGGAGAGUUGAAAAAUAUUUUUUUUAAAG